GGGCAGCGCCUUCCUCCCUCCCUCCCGGCACCCCCUUCCUUCCCCCUGGGCAGCCCCUCUUGUCGCGGCCGAUCCCGGGCGAGGGGCGGUGCGGAGGGGAAGCUUGCCUGGAAACCACGUACAGGCCGCUCGGGGCGGCCUCGCUGUCCCCGGUCAGGGCAGGUGCCGGCAGGACCGUGGAAGCGCCUCGGGGUGCUGGGCCGAAGCUUUUGUUCGUGCAGAACUACUAUGGAACCUUGGCAGCCUUGUAGGUUUGGAAGGCUUAAAUCCAAGUUCGGAAAGGCCUUUUCCAGUCCUGAUGAUUUGCUGGCUGAAGCGCUUAAUUAGGAUGGCUUUGGAACAAAUUGGAUUGAACAUGGAAUCAGUGCUUUGGUCAAGCAAGCCUUAUGGUUCAUCUCGAAGUAUUGUAAGAAAAAUUGGUACUAACCUCUCUCUUAUACAGUGUCCAAGAGUUCACUUUCAGCUUAUUUCUCAUGUCGCGGAAGGAAACACUCUUGCUCACCUCAGAGAAGAUGCAGUGGCCUCCUUUGCUGAUGUGGGAUGGAUUGCUGAAGAAGAAGGUGAAGUCUCUACAAGGCUCAGGUCAGAAGUUUGGUUAAAAACAACGCAGCCUGUUCCAGGCGAAGCACAUCAUUCCAGGAAGCCCCUACACAGACAAACGUCCUUGCAAAGCCCAUCAGGAGAGGAGCCAGUGCCCAGGAUUGCAGUGAUGGCAAACGAAGAAGCAAUGCAGAAGAUCAGUGCUCUAGAAAAUGAACUGGCCUCUUUAAGAGCACAGAUAGCCAAAAUUGUAACCUUGCAAGAACAGCAGAACUUGACAACAGUUGGGUCUAGUCCACUUGCUUCAGCUGCUGUCGCUGGUCUUCCACCUCCAUCACUGCCACCACCACCUCCUCCUCCUCUGCCUCCACCCCCUCCCUCAGGUCUGGGUCAGAGUAAGUCUGCAAUUGAUCUCAUUAAAGAGAGGAAAAACCAAAAAAUGAGCACUGGCCAGGAUGUGGUGGAAAAUGGGCCAAAGAAGCCUGAAGUACCAAACAUGCUAGAAAUCCUCAAAGAUAUUAACAGUGUGAAACUGCGCUCGGUGAAAAGAUCCUUAGAAGGUACAAAACCUAAAGUGUCUCAGCCUGCAGAUCCGGCAGCAUUAAUAGCAGAAGCUCUCAAAAAGAAAUUUGCAUAUCGAUACCAAAAUGAUAGCCAAGGUGAAACAGAAAAAGUGAUUCCAAAGGCUGAAACAAAGACACAGACUGAGGUAGUGCUGUUUGGACCACACAUGCUGAAGUCUACAGGAAAGAUGAAGACUUUAAUUGAAAAAUCUUAGUGUUAAAGAUUAUUCUGCAAAGGACUGUUAAGCUGCUUUGUAUAAAGUAUUUUAUGUUGCGAAUAGCACUAGUACUGAGAGGUCUCUUUUCUUACAGCACAGAAAGAUCUAAUGUGAAAUGCAGAAACGAGGCACUAAAAAUGUUUGUAUGUAGGUGAUUUAUCAAGGGGAAUAAAUUGGACCAUUAUACUCAGGUAUUAAUUUUGUAUUCAAGCUUGGCUUUCCACUCAGAUUCAUGUGAUAGAUUUAGUUCAUUAACACUAAGUUAUAUAUACAACAUUUCUUGUGCAUAACUGACCAGCAUAAAAAUUUGUGUACAUGUUAUUAAUGAUGGUGAUACACCCUUAAGUUAAUACCAGUUUUAUGGGACCUCUACCUAUAAUUUGCACUACAGUGUGUAAUUUUAUACUGAAAUCUUCAUGUUGAAGUCUUUCUUUUAAACCUAACUGUAGCAAAUUUUUAGCCUAAAGAAAACCUGAAGGCACUCUGCUUCUUACUGACACAAAGUGAAAACUUGAACCUGCUGCAGAGGUCCUAAAUUAAAAAAAAAUCCCUAAAUUAUACAUAGUAGUACAUUUUUGUGCAGGGUUUUUUGUUUGUUUCACCUGAGCUUGCAAGGGUAAGGGAGUAAAACCUGGUUGCAUCAUACUGUGGCCAUUAUAAAGAGUAAAAUCAUGCUGUGGGAGCCUCUGUCAGAAGUUAGUCAAGGGAAUUUGAAAUAGUCAGUAAAUAGCAGAAGAUUAAAAUAACAAAGAGUACGUGUUAGUUGGCAUAAAGUGCUGUAGGUAAGAAAACAAAGGUACAAAGUGCUGUGGUGUGCAAGUUGCCAAAAGCAGCUCAUCUCUGCUGCUCUAGGAGAUGCUCAUGGGCACCUUCUCCCCAGCUUGGCUCCCUGGGUACAUUUCUGGCAGAUGGGGCUUGCACAAGCCCUCGUAGCCCCAUUUGCAGGGAAGAGAUGGGAUAAGCUGUUGCCCAUUACCAUUUUCCAGGGGAAGCCCUUCUGAUGCAGCAGCUGUUUUCCUGCCACACCUGUACCAACCACCUGAGCUCAUGUUCUCCACAGGUGUAGAAAGGCUCAAGCUGAAAGUACAAGUCAGGGUGAAAAAAGCUGUUGAGGUACACAUUGAAACAAAGCCAUGGUUUGCUCUGACCAUCCAUGAGCAUUUAAAAGCUGAGCUUGGGUAUUUUUGGUGCUCUAAGCUGAUCCCGGCUACUGGGACAAGUACAACUGCCUCUGGGAGCUUCUGUUUCCUAGGAAAAGACAAAAGCAGCACUUUUUAAUAAAGACAGCUUGAAUGGCUCUGACAAGGUUACUGAAGAUGGAGAAACUUUGCUGCUUAUAACUGGAAUGUAGGUUGUACACAGAGGAGCUUUGUUUUCUGGUAUGGAACUCGAAGUGGUGUUAAUACGUACACAAUGUUACUUUCUUCCAAAGUGCUCUGCCAUCAGUCCUACUGAUUGGUCAUUCAAUCCCUCAGUUCUUUUAAGUGCCUUUAAAACACCUUUGUGAAAGUUAACUUUGGUUUUAAGUUUUGUAUUUUAUGCUCUAUUGCCACUAUAUAAAAUUAAAAGCAGAUAAAAUAAAGAUGGUAUAUUUGA